GACGCAAUACAAAGAGCAAGAAGCAAUGAAAGAAAGAAACAGAGCAAUGAUAAGGAGUACAUUCAGGCUCCAGUAAAUCGCCAUGAAGUUUAAAGUCCUGUCCUAUUUAUGGUUGCUGGGCCUAAUAAAGGCAGGCUCCUCUGUAGACGUCUCUGUGUCUCCAGGCUCCUCCACUGUCCUCAACUGCUCCUUUGCGCUUCCAGCUCUAGUGGAUAAUUCACUCUUGAACAUCACCUGGUCCUCCGGCGGCUCCAUCAUCGCCUCAAAGAACCACACUCAAGCAGGUUUCUUCCUGAACAGCACUGCUUUCCCCUCCUUCCCUCUGACUGUUUUCAAUGCGACACCACAUCAGCAGGGGGUGUAUGAGUGCAGAGUCAGCUAUAAUGACACUGAUUACGCUACUGAGGUGACUCUGACAAUAUUAGCUCCCCCUGUGGUCUCCAUAAUUUCACCUGAGGCUGUCCUGAAAAGGAAAAGUGUGGUUGAAUGCUGGGCAAGGAGCUUCAGUCCCCCACAGAUCAUGUUCACCUGGACACGAGGGGGAAACAAAAUUCAAGAACCUCAGAAGCUGCAAGUGAACCGGACGGAGGACGGACUUUAUGAUGCCGUCAGUUUUCUGACAUUCAUCCCUCAAAUCUCCAACCAGAACAUAAGCUUCGGCUGCGAGGUGCAACAUUCGGCUCUGGUGAAGCCUGUCCUGGAGGAGUUCACACCACACAUCACAGUUCUCCCAAAGGUCACUCUCUCAGUCGUCCCUUCGUCUUCGCACUCAUCCUCGGUCACCCUCUCCUGUGACAUCAGUGGAUUUUACCCAAACAACAUAUCAGUUCUGUGGAUCCACAAUGGAAAAAAACUUUCAGAACUUCCCUUGUCCAUCCAAAAUGAAGAUGGUACAUAUAGGAGACAUCAGUAUCACACUCUGACCAGGGAGGAAAGGAGCCGAGGAGGAGAGGUGCAGUGUGUGGCCCUGCAACCCAGUGGGCAAGAACCUGCUAAUGGAACCAUUGACUUAUCCACUGUUGACUUGCGUGUGCAAAACCCAGGCCUGAAUAAAUCAGCCAAGGCUUCGGUAGCGAUGAUGAUCAUUUCACUCACACUUGUUUUCUUGCUUUGCUUUGGGUUUUCUUGGAAAAGAAGAGACGAGAAGCUGAAGUCUCUGAACAUCUCAGCGAUUGUUCUGCCACCCAGGGUGGUUGUGGGUAAAAAAGGUAGAGUCACCAUCAGUGUGGAAGGCCGGCUGGCAGAAAGAGUUCAAACGACAUGGUUUCUGAAUGACAUUCCCAUCAAAGACACUUCGCACAAAGAGAAGAAAUAUGGAGCUUUUCGCUCUGCAUCCUACACCUCCCGCAACUCUAGUGUGUCUGUGUUGUCUGAGAAAAACCCUCUGCUGCCCUCUAGUGCUUCGGGAUAUUACAAACUACACACUCAGAUGCCACUGCGCUCGUCCUCCAACUCAAGCAAGCAACUGUUCUCCUCCGUCACAUUUAUACCCAGCCUGGCCGUUCACAAGGGCUCAGUCUUCAAAUGCCAAGUCUCGUAUAAAGGCAAAGACAAGAUUGUGGCUGAGAGAGUGUCCGAAAAGUUCACUAUUCUAGCACCACCUGAAGUGUCAGAGAUCCAGUUCUCAGAGCCCAAUGAGGAAGGAGGUGUUGUGACGAUGACAGCACAUGCAUCUCAUUUUCAUCCAGACAUCAUCACGUUCCGCUGGUUCUGUGAGGGAGGCGAGCUGAGCCCUGUGUCCAUCCCGCAGGCGCUAGCAGCCCCUCGGCCUGAUGCUGAAGGCUUCUUCUCAGCCAUGAGUCAGUGCCGUCUGCCAAAAGCAGAGCUGGAGAGAGGAGAAACCAGAGUGUGGGUCACCAUUCACCACACGGCCCUCAAACAGCCCAUCACACGCCAAACUAGAGGAUUCAUUAAACAGCCCAGUAUUUCAGAAAUCCUCUCCUGUCCUGUUGCAUCUGUAUUGGAGGGGCGUUUGACCCUCGCCUGUGAAAUUACUGGUUUCUACCCUCCGGAAAUCUCCGUCAAAUGGCUGCAUUCAAAAGGGAACGAGAUUGAGGAUGGAGACGACAGCGAAGAGGAAAUCAAAGAUGGAGCUGAGGUCUGGGGGCCGCUGCAAACUCUGCCCAGGACAUUUCGGGCUAAAGCUUUACUGAAAGAUGUGAAUGAGAUGACGAGGGGAGGCCAGAUCAUCUGCAGAGUUUCACACUGUUGCCUCCUGAAGCCCGUCGACAGAGUCUGGAGAAAUACUCACACCGUUGCUCCAUCGAUCCCUCCUUCCCUGUCGGUUCACUGGAGCAGUGAUGGUGUGGGAAUUUUCUCCAUUGUUCUGUGUGGAGGAAGGCCCUCAGCUGAAGUGCUCUGGGCCGCUGGCGGCUCGACUCUCUCCAGGCUCCAGUCAAAGGAGAGAGAGAGAGAAAACAAUGAGGGGAAGCUGGAGCUCAAGAGCGUUUGUGCUUUAGUGAGGUCUACAGGACGAAAGGACAGUGAGAGUCGCAGAGGAACACAUGCACGUAAAAUCAGGCCGCCUAGUGUGGACUUCAAUACAGACUAUGAGAAGGUGAAUGAAUGUGUGGAUGGACUGAAAUCAGUACAAGAGGAGAAACAGCCUGAGCCGAACAAACACACGAAAGAGAAUGAUGAGAACGAGGACAUGCAUCCAUCCCAUGUAAACACUGUGAGACUUAGGAAAGAGAAGAGUGAACGUCUGAGAGUUACAGUUGAGAUUACACAUCCUGCACUACACUUGCCUGCAUACCGUACCUGGACAGAGCCGGCAGAGGAAGCAUCAUCUUGACGGACAUCAAGAUUAUUUUGAAAGCUUGCAUCUGCCCUGUGCAACUAUCCAACUUUGGGCACAUGAUUCUUUAUACUUAAGUUUUGCUGUUAUAUUUAUUUAUUCUUUUACUUUUUCUACUAAUCACAUGAUGCAUUAAAAAAACAAUGUAUGUAUUCAUUUUACACGUUCAGCUGUUGUGAUUAAAAACUAAAUUAACCUUAAAACUAAAACUGUCAUGCGUCUUAAAAUAAACAGAGCAUGUGAGAACAAA